UGUAGUGGAGACAUUUCUACGCUUGAUUCUCAUGAACACCGUAAAGAGCAAGUCAAAAGAUGACUCAUCGUUUUCUUGCACAAUCCCGUUCCCUGAGUCCGCCUAUAUAUCCCCUUGCCUUACUCUGUAUCCAAUCACACUAGCUAGCACGCUUUAUCUUCCACAAAAAUGGUGGUGUUGAAACUCGGACCAUUAGGAGAAUAUGACAAGAUAGAUCACUGGGAAGAAACUGGCCAUGACAAAAUAAGUCACAUAUUCGUCACCUUUGAUGAUUCUUCUGUAACAUCCAUUCAGUUUGGAUAUGUGGAAAACGGAGAUCUUGUCAUGUCCAAAAAGUACGGCUCAGACGAAGAAAACCAAAGUACUCGAAUUUUGAGGCUGAACCAUGAGUCUGAGUUUGUCAUUGGCAUUAGCGGAGAGAUGCGUAACUGUAAUAUUUCCUCUCUGACGUUUCAUACAAACGAAGGAAAGCACGAGGUCCUUUGUGCAGGAUCGGAAUCUGACCGGACAAGACCUGAGAGAUUUGAGUUUCUUGCGGAAAUACAUGACCGCCGUGAGUUUGGAGGUUUCUUCGGAUCUUGCGAUUAUUGUUCUCUUUGUUCGAUAGGUCUCUAUCUAAAGCCUAUCCUCUCGAGCGACACACUAUUAAGCAAGAAGUAUGAUCCAGUGCUCUUUUGGUUACUUUAA